CAGCAUGCCGGGCGCCUCCGCGUUGGUCGCGCUGUGCGGCGCGUUGCUGCUCUGCAUUCCCAGCCUCCGGGCAGAGGAGUCCUUGAGCCCGUGUUACCUGAACCCCUGUUCCAACAAUGGCGAGUGCCACUUGGUGGAAGGUCGUCCCCGAGGGGACAACUUCCAGGCCUACUACUGCUCCUGCCCCCAAGGCUUCGUUGGCACCCACUGCGAGGCCAUGUGUGCCAUGCCCCUGGGCAUGGAGUCUGGCUCCAUUAUGGAUGCCCAGAUCUCUGCCUCGUCUGUACACAUGGGGUUCCUGGGCCUGCAGCGCUGGGCGCCCGAGUUGGCCAGGCUACACCGCACUGGCAUUGUCAAUGCCUGGACUGCUAGCAACUAUGACCGGAAUCCCUGGAUCCAGGUAAAUCUGCUGCGGAAAUUACGGGUGACAGGCGUGGUGACGCAGGGGGCCAGCCGCACAGGCACUGCCGAGUACCUCAAGUCCUUCAAGAUGGCCUACAGCCUGGACGGUCGCAAGUUCGAGUUCAUUAAAGGCGCCAACGGGCAGACAGACAAGAUAUUCGUGGGCAAUGUAGACAAUAACGGCUUGAAGGUGAACAUGUUCCAGACUCCACUGGAGGCACAGUACCUGCGGCUGGUGCCCAUCAUCUGCCACCGUGGCUGUACCUUGCGUUUUGAACUCCUGGGCUGUGAGCUCAGUGGGUGCGCGGAUCCGCUGGGCUUGGGGGAUAACCGUAUCCCGGAUAAGCAGAUUACCGCAUCCAGUGUGUUCCGCACCUGGGGCCUGAGCGCCUUCAGCUGGUUCCCCUUCUACGGCCGCCUGGACAGGCAGGGCAAGUUCAACGCCUGGACGGCCCAGAGCAACUCGGCCUCUGAGUGGUUGCAGAUCGACUUGGGUGCCCAGAAGCGGGUGACGGGCAUCAUCACUCAGGGUGCCCGGGACUUUGGCCAUGUGCAGUAUGUCGCUGCCUACAAGGUGGCCUACAGUGACAAUGGCAUGAACUGGACCGAAUAUCAUGACACAGGUACCUCCGAGAGCAAGAUCUUCCCUGGCAAUCUGGACAAUGACUCGCACAAGAAGAACAUGUUUGAGGAUCCUUUCCAGGCCCGCUUUGUGCGGAUCCUGCCCGUGGCCUGGCACAAUCGCAUCACCCUACGUGUGGAGCUGCUGGGCUGUUAGGGCUGCCCGAGCCGAAGGGUGCCCAGGCUGGAACUGGGGGGACAGGUGCCCACCCUCCGCUUCCCUUGCACUCCUGAGCAUAGCCGCUCUGGCCCUCCUACCCCCACCCUCCAUAUGCCCAGGACCCACCCACUGUCAGUUGGGCUGUCCAGAGUAGCAAGUGAUGGGGUGCCCAUCUCACACACACACGUAGAUACCCCCAAACCUUUCACAGCAGAACUUUGACUUUCCUCUCACCCAGGCUGGAGACAGUGGUCAUUCCUGCUGCCCUUCUCCUCUUCCCCACUUUCUCCUCCUUGGUCCUGACCCCAAAGCUGAAGAGACACUAUUGGGGGUUGGUGGGGACCUGAGCUGGGUCUCCCCAGGGCCCUAGAACAAGUAUAUUUAUGUCACCCCCAUU